AAUUAGGGCGUGGCUUAAUCUAAAGGUGUGUGUGUUAGUGUGUCGGUUUCAGGUGUAUCAGCAUUUCCCCCACCACACCAUGUUAGUUUGUAUUUAACCGAGCUGGACUCCUGGGAAGGUUAUUCUGUAGUUUCCAAGUUUCCAGGCGGAUUCUGACUUGUUGAAGAUGCAUUCUGGCAGAGUUGAAUAUGGCGUUCGUAAUGGUCAACACGAGAGCGUCCAAUUCUUACCAUCCAGUGGUGGAAGUGUCCCGGCUAAGGGGAGAAAAAACAACACCAUAAUUGGUGUUCUUGUGGCUCUUCUCGUCCUCGCAGCAGUUGCAGCCGUCCUCAUCUGGUUUUUUCUCUUUAAAGAUCCUGCCCAAAAUGCCACCCUCAGUAGGUCACAGAGACCAGCUGUCCAGGUGUUCAGUGGACACAUGAAGCUGUUGAAUUUUCCGUAUGACCCAGCACUCGAGGACACCAACAGUCAGACGUUUCAAGACUCUGCAGAGAUAUUACAGGCACAACUGGAGCAAUACUACAAAACCGAUCCGCUCCUCGUUCGCUUUUACACUCAGUCCGUGGUGACUGCCUUCAGUGAAGGUGUGAUGGCCUAUUACUGGUCCCAGUUCGAUAUUCCAGUUAGCGACCUGGAGAUGGUGCCGGAGUUCUCCGAGGAGCGGGUGUUGGAUGCUCUGGAUGCAGGCAUUAAGGAGCAGAAAACCAGGAGUGCUAAUAUCCAGAUCCGUAAAAUUACUGCUUCAGUCACAGAUGCCCGCAUGGUCAGGAAACCUCAAGUUGAUGAUUGUUUCUUUCGUCUGAAAGCUGACUACACGAAUAAAACGUUUACCUCCCCGGGGUACCCCAACGGCUACCCCUCCAAGUCUCGGUGUCAGUGGCAAAUUCGGACCUCUGAGGGGAGCGCCAUCUCUGUCAGCUUCCCAACUUUUGACAUUGAAGACGACUGCAAAAACGACUUCGUAUCCAUCUUCGACUCUUUGAGUCCUGAUUAUUCUCAGGCCAUCACAUCAAAAUGUGGCCAGAGGCCUCCCUCCAACAUGCUGGAGGUGGUGUCAUCCAGCAACAUCAUGCUGAUUUCUUUCAUUGCUGACUCCAGUGUCCAGAAGCCAGGGUUUCAUGCCGUGUAUAGAGCCAUCCCUUUGACCUCAGUGAAAGAAUGUGGUGGUGACCUGUUUAAGACUGAAGGAAACUUCACGUCGCCGCUUUACCCCAGCUUCUAUCCACCUGCUGUGUGCUGCAAGUGGACCAUCCAGGUCCCUGCUGGGAAAGAGGUCCGGGUGAAGUUCAACAUAUUCCGCAUGAAGGAGCCAGGGGUGGACACCCGCAGGUGUCACAAAGACUACGUGGAGAUCACGGGAAACAAGUAUUGUGGAGAAAUCCCUAACUUGGCCCUGACCAGUGACUCUAACAUCAUGGAGGUCAACUUUUGCUCUGAUAUGUCCUACACGGACAAAGGCUUCAGCGCCGAGUACAGCGCCUACGAUCCCCUAAACCCUUGCCCUGACAAGUUUCCCUGCAACACGGGCAUCUGCAUCCCUUUAUCACAGAAAUGUGACGGCUGGAAUGACUGCGGCGACAUGAGCGACGAGACGAACUGCAAAUGUGAAAAGGACCAGUUUGCUUGUGCUAAUGGUUUGUGCAAACCGUACCUCUGGGUGUGCGAUCGCAACAACGACUGUGGAGAUGGGAGCGACGAGAAAAAAUGCAGUUGUGAGCUGAACGAGUGGCGCUGUGGGAACGGAGUUUGUCUGCCUCAGGAUGUUGUCUGCAACGGUAAAACUGACUGUCAAGAUGGGAGCGAUGAAGCCUCGUGUGAAUCAUCUCGAAGCAUGUGCACCAACUUCAGCUUCAAGUGUGCGAACAGCGAAUGUGUCAACAAGGUGAACGCCGAAUGCGACCGCGUCCAUGACUGCUCGGAUCAAUCGGACGAGGCCGGCUGCGACUGCGGCACCAGGCCUUACAAGCUGAAUCGCAUCGUUGGAGGGGUGAAUGCUGUGGUGGGAGAGUGGCCCUGGCAGGUCAGCCUCCAGUUCAAGACAAGUGGACACACCUGUGGCGCUUCGAUCAUCUCUGAUCGUUGGCUCCUUUCUGCUGCUCACUGCUUUGUUAACGACAUCUCUCCAGACUACCGGGUUCCAGACAACUGGGUCACCUACAGUGGCUUGCAGUACCAGUUCAAGAUGGCAGACGCACAGAUGCGUAAACUGACGUCGGUCAUCCCCCACCCAGCUUACAACUCGAUGACCAGCGACUACGACAUCUCGCUGCUGAAGCUCAGCGAGCCGCUGGUGUUUAGCAACACCAUCCAACCAAUCUGCCUACCAGCGUCCUCACACAUCUUCCCAGCAGGCAUGUCGUGCUGGGUUACAGGCUGGGGGGCGCAACGGGAAGGAGGAGGGGUUUCUAUGGUCCUGCAGAAGGCAUCAGUGAAGAUAAUCAAUGACACCAUUUGUGACUCAGUCCUAGAAGGCCAGGUCACCUCCAGGAUGCUCUGUGCUGGAUUCCUAGAGGGAGGAGUUGAUGCUUGUCAGGGAGACUCCGGAGGCCCCCUGGUGUGUUUCGAGGAAAGUGGGAAGUGGUUCCAGACUGGCGUAGUGAGCUGGGGUGAGGGCUGCGCACGUCGGAACAAGCCCGGGGUCUACACGCGUGUCACCAAAAUGAGAGACUGGAUCAAGCAGGAGACAGAAAUUUGAUGAGGAAGACAUGGGGAGCAGGGAGGGUUGAAGAGAAGGGCGACAUGGAAGUGCUACGAUGGAUGGAACAUUUUGGUCGGAUUCAGGAAGAGUCCCUGUGUUUAGUUUGUUUAGCUACAGGCUGAACACAGGUGAAAAAUGUUCAGCACUUUAUCUGGAGGAGCUCAGAAAACACACCUAAAACUAAGACUUGUCGUUUUCUGAAGGCAUUUAAAACUAUCCAAAGGCUGUAAAUGAGACUUCAUCUGUUUUUUAGUCUAAAGUUUAAAUUUGGGUUCAGAAUAUGAACUUUUAUGCAGCUUUUAAACGUGAUUUUUUUAUUACACAUUGUCAUCCCUUCCAAAGUGAUUUUGUUUGCAUUAUCUAGAAAUCCUUUUUGUUACCGAAGGGAAAGUUCCUCCUUUAAAGCAGAUUUUAGCUUUAAUCGUAUUUUUAAAUGAUACCAAAAACGUGCUCAGAUCUCAAGACCCAAACAAGAGGGGGAAAGGGGACAUUCGGCAUCCUUCACACACACUUUUUCAUAUUUUGGUAAAAUGCAUGAAAACCCAAAAACUGCCUGUAAAAUGGAGCCUGCAUUAAUCCAUCUAAAAGCCUGUGAUUAGUGCUUGGAUAAUGGCCAACACUAAAGUAUUCCAGAUUUGUAAUUGGCAAGCUGAAAAUGCAAAAGAUUGCUACAGUGGUCCUAGAAUAACGAGAUCAGAGGGAUUCCCAUCAGUAUUUCUCCUUUUAUUUGUAUUUACGCGUGAGGCCUUGCUCGAUCUGAGCGUGAUUUUAUAAAAUAUUGGAUUAAAGUGAUGAUGAUGAAGGUCCAGCUGGCUUUUGCAUCUUUUUGUUUGUUUCCGCUCCAGCUCGGGGUGAUGGUGUCUGGAGUUAAACUGGACCAGUAGUUUCUUCUCUUUUGGUCUCAAGCAGCUUUUAUGUGACUGGAUGAGUGAUUUUAUAUCAAACUCAUCCUGAAUAAUCGCUCAGAAAUGACGAGGAUUAUUUAUUGAAGGGUAGAAAAUAAAACCAAGGAGGUUUCCUUCAUUCUUUUUAAAACAAACUCGAAGAGUUAAUUAUUUUAUGGAAUCGGCUGUAAUUCAGAUUUUUGAGUCUUUUCCUGUUUAAUCUGCUUUUUGCGUGACGUGUGUGUGAUGUAAUAAACAUCUUCUCUCUGA